AUGGGGAAUCAUUCUAGUGCCACUGAAUUCUGCCUUCUGGGCUUUCGUGGGUCAAAAGAAUUGCACCGUAUCCUUUUUACUAUAUUCUUCUUCCUUUACUCAGUGACAAUAAUGGGAAACUUGGUCAUCAUUGUGAUUGUCUGCAUUGAUAAGCGUCUGCAUUCCCCUAUGUACUUCUUCCUUGGCCACCUCUCUGUCCUAGAGAGCAUGACCACCACCGCUAUUGUUCCCAUGAUGCUCUGGGGGCUGCUGCUCUCUAGGAUGCAGACAAUAUCGCUGACUGCCUGCAUUGCUCAGCUCUUCUUGUUCCUUGCCAUGGGGACUGCAGAGUUUGCAUUACUGGGGGUGAUGGCUGUGGACCGUUACGUGGCUGUCUGUAACCCUCUGAGGUACAACAUCAUCAUGAACAGCUGCACUUGCACCUGGGCUGUGAUUGCUUCAUGGGUGUUUGGGUUCCUUUCUGAAAUCUGGCCCGUCUAUGCCACGUUUCAGUUUACCUUCUGCAAAUCCAACGUGUUAGACCAUUUUUUCUGCGACAGAGGACAAUUGCUCAAACUAUCCUGUGACGACACUCUGUUCACAGAGUUUGUCCUCUUCUUAAUGGCUGUCUUCAUUGUUGUUGGCUCCUUGAUCCCUACGAUCGUCUCCUACACCUACAUCAUCUCCACCAUCCUCAGGAUCCCCUCAGCCUCUGGCCAGAGGAAAGCUUUCUCCACAUGUGCCUCCCACUUUACCUUUGUGGUCAUUGGCUAUGGCACUUGCUUCUUCCUGUAUGUGAAACCCAAGCAAACACAGGCAGCUGAGUACAACAAGAUUGUUUUCCUGCUGAUUUCCGUGGUGACCCCUUUCCUGAACCCUUUCAUCUUCACUCUCAGGAAUGACAAAUUCAAGGAGGCCUUUCUAGAUGGGGUGAAACACUGCUGUCAGCUCCUCAAAGGCUAG